ACGUCUGCCUUUCAGCACAGGCCAAAUUUCUCUGUGUUCUUCUACCUUGAAGAAUAGAAACCUCGCAUGAAAGAAAUGCUCACUGCAGUGUCAGACACAUUUAGAUGUUCUCUGAGCAUCGCGUAAACUGGUGCAGAUGAUGGUUGGUCCCCAGCAAGUACAUGGACAUCAUCUCAGGAGUCCUUCAUCUUUAAGGUUAAAAACAUCUUUCUUCCAGCUCCCAGCAAGCCAAAGACGCUGGACUCUUAUUAGGAGAACAAGGUCCCGCCCUCCUCACCCCGCCCAGCAGCCAACAGCCCGCGCGUCCGAGGCUCCUGGGACACGCGGCCCGCCCCCUCCGCGCGCCGGCGCCGGGUGCCAAGGCGCACGCGUAGAGCUCCGAGAGGCCCAGCCGAAGAGCGGUCGGCCGCGGCCGUCCCUUCACCCUCCCCUCGUCGCGCACGCCGGGAACCCGUCGCCGCGGUUGCUUCGGCUGCGGCGGUCGGUCGUCGCGAUGGACUGUCUGUGGAAUGAGCUGACCCUUGCCUUUUCUCGUACUUCCAUGUUUCCCUUUUUUGACAUCGCCCACUACCUCGUGUCGGUGAUGGCACUGAAGCAUCAGCCGGGAGCAGCGGCGAUGGCACGGAAGAAUCCUCUGUCAAGCUGGUUUACUGCUAUGCUCCACUGCUUUGGUGGAGGAAUUUUAUCUUGUGUACUGCUCGCGGAGCCUCCAUUGAGGUUUCUUGCAAACAACACUAAUAUAUUACUGGCAUCUUCAAUCUGGUAUAUUAUAUUUUUUUGCCCCUGUGACCUUGUUUCCCAGGGAUAUUCAUUCCUACCUGUUCAACUCUUGGCUGCGGGAAUGAAGGAAGUGACCAGAACUUGGAAAAUAGUAGGUGGAGUCACCCAUGCUAAUAGCUAUUACAAAAAUGGCUGGAUAGUCAUGAUAGCUAUUGGAUGGGCCCGAGGAGCAGGUGGUAGCAUUAUCACGAAUUUUGAGCAGUUGGUAAAAGGCUGUUGGAAACCAGAAGCUGAUGAAUGGCUGAAGAUGUCCUACCCUGCCAAAGUAACCCUGCUGGGGUCAGUUAUCUUCACAUUCCAGCAAACCAAGCAUCUGGCAGUAUCAAGGCAUAAUCUUAUGUUCCUCUAUACUAUGUUUCUUGUGGCCACAAAGAUAACCAUGAUGAUUACAGAGACUGCUGUUAUGCCUUUUGCUUGUUUUGAGGAUACAUUGAGUCGGAUGCUGUUUGGCUGGCAGCAGCAGUUUUCAUCAUGUGAAAAGAGAAGUGAAACAAAAUCGUCUCUCAAUGGUACUGGUUCAUCGACCUCAAAACCUAUAUCUGAUGCUUCAGAUAAAGUUCAAAAGAAACAUACUAAGAAGACUGAGUAAAUUUACUUGAUGAGCUUUAGAAGGCAAAAAAUUUUCUUUUUCUUAUCCACCUGUCAGAUUGUGAUAAAUAUUUCUAUGUAAAUGAUGUCAAAUAAAGAUUAUAUAUAAGGAUUGGAGAUGACAAAAAGAAAGAACUUCUAUCUGUUUCAGGGAGACUCUCCCUUUCUGGAUUGUAAUUUCGUGAGUGUAUCAUGUGAAAUGGUUUUUCUAAGUUAUAUAUAAAAGAUUCUAUUGUGAUUUUUAAAAUAGUUUUAUAUUGAUAAAAGGCUAGUGUUUUUUAAUGUUAGAAAAAGUAAACCUACUGUCAUUGCAAAAUAACAAAGAUUAAAGUUUUAUUGUUUAAUCUAGAUAUUUUCAUACAUGUUCUUUAUUUAAAUCUAUUUGAGCUUUAGUUUAGCAAAAUUAAACUUAUUACACAUUACCAUUAUAAUUCUUAGAUAUGGAAAACAAUUCCUGUUUAAUUUUGAGUACUAGGAAAAGUAAACUUUACCUAAAUCACUUUAUAUUGUGAAUGAAAAUAAAUUAUUAGCUUAUAUUUCAGAAAUAAACAUUGUAUAUUUUUCCCACAUUAAAUGGAAAUAUCUGAAAUUUUAUUUAAUUUUUUUCUAGUAGUAUUUUUCAGUGAGAGCAGAGUAUUAUUAGUCUUAAUCUUAAGUGUGUUUCAUGCCCUUGUUUAAGCUAUUUUUUCUCAAAAGAAAAUCAGGGGUAUAGUUUUUAAUAAGUUACUAAGUCCAUAUUUUGCUUUGCAAAUUUUGAGGAGCUUAUUUUUUUCUCUCUCCUAAAACACAUAUGUUUUAACUGUAGGAGAAAUUAUUCUUCUCAGCAUUUCAUAUAUUCUUAAGUAUUAUUUCAAUUUUAAAAUGUCACCUUUGUCUUUUUUUUGUCUUUUUUUUAAUGGAUACUUUUCAGUUUUCUAGUUGAAUGUCUCUUACUAGUUUACAUAGGUUAUAUUUUAAUGUACAUGUAACAUAUAUUUUUAUUUUAAAUUAAAACUAGUUACGCUUAUGUAAAAAUGCUCACUUCUAAUGAGAAUUGUCCUCGGGCAUUUGAUAACAACCACCUAAUUAAGAAGAAACAAACUAAAAUCUUGUAGUAGUCUAUUUGAAUGAAGAAUGAUGAAGUGAAAUUUGGUAACUUAUUGGCAAAAAUAAUUAAAAGAAGAAGAAGAAAAGGUACUAAAUCAUGUUAGAUUUUAUUUUAUUUUGUAGUUUAAAAGCCCAGUUAUAAUUUUAAAACUUUGUGACUGACAUGAUUUCUUCGACCAAGACCAUGAGCCUGCAAAAAGUUAGUAUGUAUCAGGCAUCUUUGGAUGGUAUAGAACUACUCAAAUCAUAUUCAAGUUAGAAGUCUUGAUUUUUAAAAUUUUUAACAAAUAUAAACACCAGCAGGGAUUAUACUUUUGUUAAAAAAAUUUUGGGCGGGGAGGACCUUUGAUAGCCUUGGGAUGCUAAGAAGUUUAUUUUUAAUAUUCUGACAGAAGGCAUUAAAUAUUUAAGAGUUCUGUAUUGCAUUUGACACUCUUGUAGUUAAAAACUUUUCACAGUUAACAUGUUGCUAAUUACUGACAGUUUUGAAGUUUGGGUUUAACUGUAGUUGAAAUGUUAGGAAUCUUAUUUUACACUAGUAUUAAAGACAAAUUUAUUAAAAUAAGUUAUUUAGCACCAAUGGAAUAUUUUAUCAUUUUUAUGUUUUUUCUAUUUUUCUUGAUUUAGGAGUUUAUAACUCCUUUGGCCUUUCUACUGAUAUAUGGUAUAUAUUCAGUGAUUACUGUCCGAAUGAGAUGUAUAACCUUUAUGGAACAAACUUUAUUAAUCUGUGCAAGUAUCCUAUAACCUUUAAUUCAAGGUUUUUAGGAAAAAGCUGUACUGGAGGACAUGGCUUAGGUUUGAAACCUCCCACCCUUAAUCUAUUCAUGCUGCCUGCAGAGACUUGACUGGAUUUGCAAAGCAGAUUGUUAGACUCCUUACCCAACGUGUAGCAUGAAUGAAGCCUGUGGGCCUGCUUCACACAGUCAUAGGUGGCACUGAGAAAGUCAAGAUCUGGUAGGUCUUGUUAAAUAAAAGGAGACAAGAAGGUGGCAAGAACAUGGGCUGGCUAACUCAGUGAUCUCACCCUCUAGUAAAAUAUGGCCAAAUUAAUAUCAAACUGAUUUAUCAGAUUAGUCACUCUUCCCUGCUGAGUGUGCAAGGGCUGGAGAGGGACCAGAUAAUGUAGACUGAGUGGAUUUCAGUGGAAAUUGCAGGUUUCUUGUAGGCAGAGACCAAAAAGUGGAGAGAAUAGGGGAGACGUUCCCUCUAUAGUGUAUUUUUUUGGUCUUAUACCUGUAAGGCCUACAUCAUUCCAUUAAAAUCUACCUCAGAUCAUAAGUUGAUUGCAAUUGAGUGAUAUGUUAGAAAUGGAAUAACGUGUACAAGAAUACCCUCUCUCCCCCACUGCUUUCUUGGUGUUUACAUUUUACUGGUGGUGAGACAUACAAUAAGCAAACAUGUGUUCUUGUGGUAAUACUAAAGGUUAUGAAUAUAUAUUAAGCAGGACACAAGGAUAGAAAGUGAGUAUUGGGAGUACUUGUUAAUUAGGAGUUAGAAAAGGCCUUUCUGUUAAAAUUGUAUUUUACCAGAGACCUGAAGGAAGUGGGUGGGGCAGGCCAGGCAGACAUCUCUGUUAAGUGCAAGGGUCAUUCUGUUUCUUCAUAUACUUAGAUUAUGUACUUUUUUCCAAAAAUUACUUUAUUUUUCUUAUUUAAUACAGUUUCACACAUAGUUUUUAACAGACAUAUUUCUUUGAUAGAAUUUAUUUUUGUUUCUACAGUUUGUUCUUUUUUUAAGGUAAAAUUCACAUACAAUGAAAUGCAUAAGUUGUAAGUGUAUAUUUAAAGAGUUGGCAAAUACAUACAACUAUACAGCCUAAACUCCUAUCAAGAGAUAGAACAUUGCCAGUGCCUCAGGAAGUUCCUUUCUAGUUAAUUUACACCCUUCUCCCCAACUGAAUAGAAAUAAAAUCAUGGAAUAUAUUCUCUUCAGCGUAAGACUUCUUUCAAACGACAUAAUGUUUUUGAAAUUUAUCUUGUAUUUAUCAGUAGUUCAUUCCUUUCUAAUUGCUUGGUAGCAUUGUACUAUAUGAAUAUGUUGCAGUGUGUUUAUCCUAUUGAUGCACAUCAGGGCUGUUUCUAGUUUGGGAUAUUCUGAAUAAGCUACUAUGAACAUUUUUGUACAGUUCUUUUGGGGAACAUAUGUUUUUUUAUUUCUCUUGAGCAAAUACGUAGGAGUAGAAUUAUGUUUAGUUGUAAAAAAACCACUAGACCUCUUUUCCAAAGUGGUUGUACCAUUUUAUACUUCACAACAACGUAUGAGAGUUCCAGUUGCUCUACAUUCUUAUCAAGGAUUAUUGUUGUCAAGCAUUUUAAUUUUGUCCAUUUCCAAUGGGUGGUUUGUAGUUUUUAAGGUUUUAAUUUGCAUUUCCCUAAUGAUUAGUGGUGUAGAGCGCUUUUUUGUGUGUGUUCUUAUUGGCCAUUUGUGUAUCUCCCUCAGUAAAGUGUCUCUUCAGACCUUUGCCCAUAUUA